AUGCCAUACACAAACGAACGCCGGAUCGCGGAAUUGGCCAUUCACCGGGCAUCCAUUCUCACUGAAAGGGUUUAUAAUUCUCAGGUCAAGGGGACUAUUACGAAGGGUGAUAAAUCGCCUGUUACGAGUACCCCCCACCUUUUCCAAUUAUCUAACCCCACAAACACGACCGAGCUAAUGUAUGAAAAAAUAAAGUUGCCGACCUCGGCGCCCAAGCCCUCAUAAUCAGCAGCAUUACCCACGCCUUCCCGGAAGACUCCAUCGUCGGCGAAGAGGACUCCAGCCAUCUCCGAGCAGACAGGCCAAAGCUAGACUUGGUCUGGGGUCUAGUCCAGGAUAGCUUGGAGGCAACCAAGGACCAGACGAGCGAGCUCGGUGAUAUCAGGGACGAUGAGGAAAUGCUUGCUGCUAUUGAUAAGGGGAAUCACCAGGGUGGCUCUGUAGGGAGUUUGUGACUACAUUUUCUUACAUUAUUACUAUUCUCCCUCCAUUUACAAAGAGUGCUAAUAAUGGAGGGUAGGAAUCUGGGCCCUGGAUCCAAUCGACGGGACACUGGGAUUUCUACGCGGUGCUCAGUAUGCUAUAUGUUUGGGAUUGAUGGUUGACGGGAAGGUCCAGGUUGGUGCACUUGCAUGCCCGAACCUACCAGUCGAUCCCGGGGCGCCAGGGGGAAAGGAGGGAAUCUUGCUAUCGGCCGUUAGGGGGCAGGGCGCUACUAUGGUAUGUUUAUUUUCCUGCUCAGGAUAUCUUAUGCACAACAUUUAUGUGGGCUUCUCCAUGUGCUCAAUGCUUUUCCCAUUUGCAGAAACCAUUGUCAACCCCGUUUGCCCAAGGGGCUCCCAUCUCCAUGAGUUCUGUCACAGACUUUUCAAAGGCUAGGUUCUGUGAAGGUGUUGAAAAGGGCCAUUCCUCGCAUAGUGAGCAGGCGUCCAUCGCCAAGAGCCUGGGAAUUACUGCACCAGCUAUUCAGAUGGAUUCGCAGGCAAAGUAUGCUUCGAUUUCUCGUGGCGUUGGAGAGAUUUACUUGAGGCUGCCCGUUAGUUUGUCCUAUGAAGAGAAAAUCUGGGUGCGUUUUCCCUCAUCCCCCAGUCUCCCGUGGUCCUUGGGUAAUAAUGUUCGUAGGAUCAUGUCGCUGGAUCACUGAUUGUCGAGGAGGCCGGGGGCGUAGUCACUGACACCUAUGGGAACGAGCUAGAUUUCGGGCAGGGAAGGACAUUGAAGACUAACAAAGGAAUUGUGGCGGCCCUUAGGGCCCUGCAUCCAGCCGUUCUGAAGGCCGUACAGGAGGAGUUGAAGGGUUUUAAGCUUUAGGUUGCGCUGCCAUUCUAGUAGAGAUAGACCAUACAAUAUACUCUCUCCCCGGGUCCACUUUGGACCUGGCUGAA